AUGUGGAGCAGGUGCACAAGAAGGCCAGGUGGCAGAAGAGAACGGUCCUUGGUUUCGCGCAUGCCAUGUGGGAAGCAGUAUCUUGCUGCUGCCCCUCCGAACUUCGCGUUUGAGGGUCUUCAUCAUCCUGUCGUCGAUCCUCAUGGCUGCGAUGUCCGGGAAACUCUGGAUCUGCCUGGAGGAAUGGAUGCCGUCACGCCGCCACAGGCCAUGGAGCUGGUGUGCCAACUGGCCCUGGACUGCGCAGGGCUGAGCAAUGCGGUCGACCUGGAGUUGGCUUCGCACAUGACGCAGAGCCUCGUCGUGCUCAGCUCCAGCUCCGCCUCCGAGGACCUCCCCCGCGAUCUCCCGAAGCCGAAGAACGCGGUGCUGCUGGCGCUGUGCGGUCUGCCUUCCCCGGACAUCGCCUUCGGUGGCGAACUGGAGGCCGAUGUCGUCGCCGACGCAACUCGGCGAUUGGCGCUCUUGCGAGUGGCCUCCGUGACGGCCGAUUGCGUAACACUUGCCAAGCCGGUUCAAAGCCAAGCCGGUGCCUGGGUGGAUGUCAUCCCAGAGGUGAACACGGACACCGGCAUCAGCAAUGAGGCGGAUGGCCCCCGGAGUCGUCGAUCGUGGAGUCUUUGUGGCCUGGUCUUCGGCCUUGCGCCAGAGGCCCGGAGUCCCCCUGCCGACCUCCUGCAGCACAGUUCCCUGAGCCUUCCGGGGGAUGGACUUGUGAUUGGAGUUGUGCGAGAAAAGCUGUCACUGUUCCUUUUGGCCACGCUUGUGGAGGUGCUCGAGAUCUCUGAUCACUGCUUUCAAGUCUUGGUUUGUAACUUCUUCUGGAGCCCAAAGGCAUCCAGCAUCGCGAAGGGCAACGUGAGGGCCUGCAAAGACCUCCUGGAGCACGAAGGGCUGCUGCAGUAUUUCUACGGCGAGUCCCAUGGCUCUGUCUGCGAGCUGCACGAGUCCAACGCGAGUUUCCUUCGCAGCUUGAUGUCUCGGCAGUCCGUGCCUGUGGACGAAGCGUGUUUUGUGGAGGCCGACGCCCAGGAGAUUGAAUCCAUUCAGGGCAUCUGCCGUAGCAUGUUCGUGUCCAAGAGGCGUGGGAUGACUCUGACAGAGAUCGAGAUGAAGGAGCUCCGACAUCGAGCUGGAGCUUUUGCUUCAGAUGCUGUGGAGACGCAGGCAGUGGUGAAAGUGGUGGCAAAGCCGCAAGCAGCGCCCCCAUCACAUUCGCGAGAAGGCGCAUCGCCGACCAAGAACCAGGUGUCAUCUGUGUCGCGUGCAGGCUUCAGUGGCAUGUUCAAGUCAGGCCCACUCGAGCAAGCUGCAAGACCUGCUGCAGCACCAUCAGCACAGCGGGGAAGGUUGAAGCAUGCGGACUUUGACUUCGAUUGGACCAUCUCCAAAAUCCACGCCUUCAAGCAGCUCGCCGGGCGGGAGCUGGGUGUGGAUGCGCCUCAGGCGCUAUCGGAGCACUGGCACAUCCACCGGCUGAAUGCAUCGCAGGCCACCUGCCAGGACAGCAAUGGCACGGGGGCUCCGUGUGCUGCAGGAAGAGGGCUCGUUUUGGACGGCAUGACCUGCGCGCGUGGGGCAGCUGAACAGCUUCUUUUCGAGUUUACGGUAAAGGUGUCCGGCGCACACAUCACAAAGGGCAAUUUGGGGCUGCUGCAGUACUUCGAGAAGGUCUUUGGGACAUCAGGGCAGUUCUACGGCGAGUCCGACUUCGAUCGUGCCAACCCGGAGCCAUCAUUGCUGGAGGCGAGCUCUCACUGCGAGCUGCACGAGUCCAUCGCGAGUUUCCUUCGCAGCUGGAUGUCUCGGCAGUCCGUGGCUGUGGACGAAGCGUGUUUUGUGGAGGCCGACGCCCAGGAGAUUGAAUCCAUUCAGGGCAUCUGCCGUAGCAUGUUCGUGUCCAAGAGGCGUGGGAUGACUCUGACAGAGAUCGAGAUGAAGGAGCUCCGACAUCGAGCUGGAGCUUUUGCUUCAGAUGCUCUGGAGACGCAGGCAGUGGUGAAAGUGGUGGCAAAGCCGCAAGCAGCGCCCCCAUCACAUUCGCGAGAAGGCGCAUCGCCGGCCAAGAACCCUGUGUCAUCUGUGUCGCGUGCAGGCUUCAGUGGCAUGUUCAAGUCAGGCCCACUCGAGCAAGCUGCAAGACCUGCUGCAGCACCAUCAGCACAGCGGGGAAGGUUGAAGCAGGCGGACUUUGACUUCGAUUGGACCAUCUCCAAAAUCCACGCCUUCAAGCAGCUCGCCGGGCGGGAGCUGGGUGUGGAUGCGCCUCAGGCGCUAUCGGAGCACUGGCACAUCCACCGGCUGAAUGCAUCGCAGGCCACCUGCCAGGACAGCAAUGGCACGGGGGACCUGCGCGUGUCCGGCGCACACAUCACAAAGGGCAAUGUGCGGCUGCUGCAGUAUUUCGAGAAGGUCUUUGGGACAUCAGGGCAGUUCUACGGCGAGUCCGACUUCGAUCGUGCCAACCCGGAGCCAUCAUUGCUGGAGGCGAGCUCUCACUGCGAGCUGCACGAGUCCAACGCGAAUUUCCCUCGCAGCUUGAUGUCUCGGCAGUCCGUGGCUGUGGACGAAGUGCACCAGUGCGCAAGUAUGGUCAAGGAACAUGCGGGGAUGAGUGCGGGGGGAGUGCCAUGUGGGAAGCAGUGUCUUGCUGCUGCCCCUCCGGGCAAUUUACGGAGGAAGAAGAACUUCGCGUUUGAGGGUCUUCAGCAUCCUGUCGUUGAUCCUCAUGGCUGCCAUGCCAUGCGCCCGGUGACGGUGGAUGCAGACAGAGUCCGGGAAACUCUGGAUCUGCCUGGAGGAAUGGAUGCCGUCACGCCGCCACAGGCCAUCGCGCUGGUGUGCCAACUGGCCCUGGGCCGCGCAGGGCUGACCAAUGCGGUAGACCUGGAGUUGGCUUCGCACAUGACGCAGAGCCUCGUCGUGCCGGCUGCCCGGCUCAGCUCCAGCUCCGCCUCGGAGGACCCCGAAGGGCACAUCCAUCCGUCGGACCUCCUCUGCGAUCUCCCGAAGCCGAAGAACGCGGUGUCUGCCUUCCCGGACAUCGCCUUCGGUGGCGAACUGGAGGCCGAUGUCGUCGCCGACGCAACUCGGCGAUUGGCGCUCUUGCGAGUGGCCUCCGUGACGGCCGAUUGCGUAACACUUGCCAAGCCGGUUCAAAGCCAAGCCGGUGCCUGGGUGGAUGUCAUCCCAGAGGUGAACACGGACACCGGCAUCAGCAAUGAGGCGGAUGGCCCCCGGAGUCGUCGAUCGUGGAGUCUUUGUGGCCUGGUCUUCGGCCUUGCGCCAGAGGCCCGGAGUCCCCCUGCCGACCUCCUGCAGCACAGUUCCCUGAGCCUUCCGGGGGAUGGACUUGUGAUUGGAGUUGUGCGAGAAAAGCUGUCACUGUUCCUUUUGGCCACGCUUGUGGAGGUGGCCAUCCGACGAGCCACCUGCGAUUUCUUGCCCAAGCGAAAGCAAAGAGACGAUUCCAGCAUGUUCGUGACUGCUUUUGGUCGUGUGCCCCAGAUCUCUGAUCACUGCUUUCAAGUCUUGGUUUGUAGCUUCUUCUGGAGCCCAAAGGCAUCCAGCAUCGCGAAGGGCAACGUGAGGGCCUGCAAAGACCUCCUGGAGCACGAAGGGCUGCUGCAGUAUUUCUACGGCGAGUCCCAUGGCUCUGUCUGCGAGCUGCACGGGUCCAACGCGAGUUUCCUUCGCAGCUUGAUGUCUCGGCAGUCCGUGGCUGUGGACGAAGCGUGUUUUGUGGAGGCCGACGCCCAGGAGAUUGAAUCCAUUCAGGGCAUCUGCCGUAGCAUGUUCGUGUCCAAGAGGCGUGGGAUGACUCUGACAGAGAUCGAGAUGAAGGAGCUCCGACAUCGAGCUGGCGCUUUUGCUUCAGAUGCUGUGGAGACGCAGGCAGUGGUGAAAGUGGUGGCAAAGCCGCAAGCAGCGCCCCCACCACAUUCGCCAGAAGGCGCAUCGCCGGCCAAGAACCCUGUGUCAUCUGUGUCGCGUGCAGGCUUCAGUGGCAUGUUCAAGUCAGGCCCACUCGAGCAAGCUGCAAGACCUGCUGCAGCACCAUCAGCACAGCGGGGAAGGUUGAAGCAUGCGGACUUUGACUUCGAUUGGACCAUCUCCAAAAUCCACGCCUUCAAGCAGCUCGCCGGGCGGGAGCUGGGUGUGGAUGCGGCCUCAGGCGCUAUCGGAGCACUGGCACAUCCACCGGCUGAAUGCAUCGCAGGCCACCUGCCAGGACAGCAAUGGACCUGCGCGCGUGGGGCAGCUGAACAGCUUCUUUUCGAGUUUACAGUAAAGGUGUCCGGCGCACACAUCACAAAGGGCAAUUUGGGGCUGCUGCAGUACUUCGAGAAGGUCUUUGGGACAUCAGGGCAGUUCUACGGCGAGUCCGACUUCGAUCGUGCCAACCCGGAGCCAUCAUUGCUGGAGGCGAGCUCUCACUGCGAGCUGCACGAGUCCAUCGCGAGUUUCCUUCGCAGCUGGAUGUCUCGGCAGUCCGUGGCUGUGGACGAAGCGUGCUCUGUGGAGGCCGACGCCCAGGAGAUUGAAUCCAUUCAGGGCAUCUGCCGUAGCAUGUUCGUGUCCAAGAGGCGUGGGAUGACUCUGACAGAGAUCGAGAUGAAGGAGCUCCGACAUCGAGCUGGCGCUUUUGCUUCAGAUGCUGUGGAGACGCAGGCAGUGGUGAAAGUGGUGGCAAAGCCGCAAGCAGCGCCCCCAUCACAUUCGCGAGAAGGCGCAUCGCCGGCCAAGAACCCUGUGUCAUCUGUGUCGCGUGCAGGCUUCAGUGGCAUGUUCAAGUCAGGCCCACUCGAGCAAGCUGCAAGACCUGCUGCAGCACCAUCAGCACAGCGGGGAAGGUUGAAGCAGGCGGACUUUGACUUCGAUUGGACCAUCUCCAAAAUCCACGCCUUCAAGCAGCUCGCCGGGCGGGAGCUGGGUGUGGAUGCGCCUCAGGCGCUAUCGGAGCACUGGCACAUCCACCGGCUGAAUGCAUCGCAGGCCACCUGCCAGGACAGCAAUGGCACGGGGGCUCCGUGUGCUGCAGGAAGAGGGCUCGUUUUGGACGGCAUGCGCCUUGGCAGGACCUGCGCGUGUCCGGCGCACACAUCACAAAGGGCAAUGUGCGGCUGCUGCAGUAUUUCGAGAAGGUCUUUGGGACAUCAGGGCAGUUCUACGGCGAGUCCGACUUCGAUCGUGCCAACCCGGAGCCAUCAUUGCUGGAGGCGAGCUCUCACUGCGAGCUGCACGAGUCCAACGCGAAUUUCCCUCGCAGCUUGA